AUGAUAUCCGGCCAGAUUGAUGAAGGUGUUCUGCUUAUUCAAGAGAGAAAGAAGAAGGGGCCAGGUCCUCUGCAGGCCUCCGUGUGCCUGGUGAACACACCAAGCAGGUUUGGCCUGGUUCCCGUUCCUCUGGCCUCUGGACCUGUCCCUCGGCCCCGCCCACAUCUACCGCUCUUUCUGGCUCCUCGGCUGCGCAGGCAGGGGAGGCUCUGGCCUUCCCAGUGUCUGACCUCGGCCAAGCUGUUCACUGUGUGGGCUCCUGAGCUUUCUGUGCUCAUGAUCUUCUCAGCCUGUGGGCGAAGAAGUCAGGGGACUGGGGCUUUGCUGCUUCUGACUGACAGCCCGUUUUUCCCUUUCAAGGUGAUCGUGAUCGCCAGCUUCCACUCUGAAGGCGCUUUGCUGCAAGCUGAGAUUCUCUGCAUGAGCUCCAGCCUGAGGGCCCUUUUCUGCUCCUCUCUCACUCUGGACCAUGCAGAUGAGGUCCAGCAGCAGAGAGCCUGGAACUGGCAGUUGGAGCCUGAGCUGUGGGCAAGAUCUCUUCGACAACAGUUGAAUGCCCAGCUCCUCUUGUUCCCCGCUAAUGAGACAUCAUCCGAUGCUCUUGAGUCUUGGCACUCUGCAGAUGCCCUGGACAGCAAAGGACAGCCCAGGGCUGUGUUUCAGAGGAAACACAAACUAUUCCUGAAGGCAGUGACUGGACCAGAGCAGUCUACAGAGCUGGAGCUCCUGUUAGCAGAGCUCCGAUCUCUGUUCUCAGCUGUGCUACAGGAUGGCAGCCCUGCAGCUUGGCACUAUCUGCAUGCAGUACUGGGUCUGUUGCCUCCAUAUCGUGAGUUGCUAGUUGGCCGCCUUGAUUUGCUGCCCUUCCUGGAGCAGUUGUAUUGCUGGGCACCCAAAGUUCAAGUCCAACUCCAGCUAGACCUGCUAGAUGCCAUAGACAAGGCCUUUCCCCCAGACAGCUCUUUGUUACAUAGGGCUUCCCAUGUUGACUGCUCUCCCUGGAAGAGGAGAGCCUAUCAUGGGCCCCCAUGCCCAGCCUGCCCUUUUGUACAGGCCCUUUGGGGUGAACAGCAAGUACAGAAAGAAUUGACCACAUGGUUGCGACCAUUGACCCUUCCUGAGCUACAGCACUGCCUGGGCAUCGUUGGUGCCGAGGUGGCCCUAGAAGAAACCCGGUGGCUGGAUGGCCUUAGCCUCCUCCCCUUGGCACUGGCAACAGACAUCCCUGUACAGUAUGAAAGCAGUGGCACUGACUACGCAGAGGAGGAGCCUGUUGAAUCAAGACAGACUAAGUCUCAACUUUACUAUGAAGUUCCCAAGGGAAAAGCCUUCCACAAGAGAAGUAUUGGCUUCUUGCAUGAGGCUUCCUUCCUGGGUAGCCAGGUGAGGAGCAUUCUGAAGACAGAGAGGUACCUGAAGAAGAUCCACUUCCUCUAUCUCAACGUGGCUCCCAGUCGAUACUUUAAGCCCUAUGAGCUGAUGGUGGUACCACCGAAGAAGGUGAAUCCUGAGCACUACAUCUUCUCUCCCUUUGGGAUUCUGCAUAUACAUCCUGUGGAGGGCAGUGAGACCAUGACGCUGGGUACCUGGCACCGCCAUUCUGUUCUUUGGCAACAGCUCCAGUUCAUUCCAUUCUUUAAGUAUUGUCUCUUACGCAAGGCCUUGACCUGUUGGAAGAAGAAUGUGAGGUUGCAGGGGUUGCAUCGUCUCCACAAUUUCCUAGGGAAUCGUCUGCUCUUGGCUGUGCCUCACUUUGGAACUGGGCUGCUCCAUAUUAGCAGGCUUCUGCAGGAGCUACACUGUGUGUCCUGGAUACCCAAGGAUCCAGAUAAGUGCUAUGAGCUGCUGGACCUGAAGAAGGCUCUAGCCAAAGAGAAACACAAGGCUCUACGGUUACUCUGUCACUGUCUGAAUCUCUGUACAUCCAUUCUUCAACUGAUUCAUGAGGACACAUACCACAUGCAACAGGGCCUACAGGAGCGAGUGCAAAACUCCCACAGGAUCAGAAAAGGUGAAGGCUCCAUAUACCUUCAGAGGGUACUGCGCCAGCAGCUGCAGCAGAAGCUGAAGCAGACAGAGACCUGGUUGCUACAUCUGGGAAAGUUUGCCCGCCUGAUCAACUACAUGAUUUGUCAGAACCUUGUUUCAGUCUUGGAAGAUGAAAUAACCUCUUUUGUGGCCAAUAUUCUCCAAGCCCCUAGACAGUGCCCUUUUCUCUUAUCACAGCUGGUCUUUGAUGAUUGUGGCCAGCUAUCUCCAGUGCCCUGUAUUGAAAAUAUGAUCCAGAUUCUAACUGAGGGCCUACAGUCUAUCAAGGUCUCUGCCUUGCAGGUAAUGCAGUCUGCAGAACAGAAGACCCGCAAAGAAUCCCUGUUUUAUGAAGAAGAAGACGAUGAAGAUGACUCAGACACAGAAUUUCUGACACCCAAGUUCCAGGGCCAGCCCAGCGAUGCUGUUCACAUGUUCUGUGGCCCAAAUGUAGGAUUGGUGUUGCCCUGGAAGUCUCACACAGUUACUGAUAUCCUGGAGGUCCGUGGGCACCGGUUGCGGGGCCAAUAUUUGCCCCCUAAUUAUAACCAUCUGCAGGAGGACUUGGAAAAUAGCCUUCAAAUCCAGCAGGCACUGACUAUACAACAGGCACUGCUAGAGGGCAUGCUCUGGGAGGUGCAGGAGUUCUGCAGGGAACAUCACUGGAUAACAGGCAUUUAUGAGUUCCUGCAAACCUGGGGGCCUCAGAAGCUGGAGGACAUGAGAGGCUGUCCCAUCAAAGACUAUAUAGUGCUGGUGAACCGCUUGAAUGUUUGGCAGGCCCGUGUCUCCAAUAUGCCUGUUGAGUUGCUGACAAAAGGCAAGCUGCUUCUGCUGAGCUGCCAUGAGAUACACACAGAGUUGAAAUCCAAACUGGGCAACAUGAGGAAGGACAUUCUUGCACAGAUACAGAAUGAGUGCUGGAGCCGCAGUCAGCAACUAAUGAAAGAACUCACAGGUUUCAUGAAGGUCUUCCAAACCAUCAACUCAGACAUUCAUGCCAUUGCACAGUGCUCCCAGAAGUUGAACGAAGCCAAUGAGCAGCAUAUCCAGCUGGAGAUGCAAGUGGAAUACAUCCGAUCACUCCAUGAAGUCCUCCGAAACCACUUUGGCCUCUUUACUGCUGAGAAUGAGGCGCUAGACAUUUCGGUGAGAGAGCAAUUCAAGGAGUCACCCAUCCCUUAGUCCCCUCCUUUACUCCCACAUAUUCAUUGACCUCUGCUUUCUCUCCAGCUUCUGGACAUGUGGGAGGCAUUUCAGUUUGAGAAAACCCAGGCCUCAGAGUUCCUGCUCAGCAAGCAGCAUGCCAUCGUGCCCAAGCUGCAGCAGCUGAUGGCAGCAGCACUGUCAGAGCUGGAAGGCCUGCUUGAGAAGGCCCUGUCUGGUCCAUUCAUGGACCCUACAGAAGACCAGGGGACCAUUGAGCACCAGCUCAUCUCUCUGGAGCAGCAAUUUGAGAACACAGUCAGCCACCUCUGUGAACUCCACGAUGCCUAUGCCACCUUCACUGGGGAUGAGAGUCCUGUGCCCUUGCCAGUCUGUGGAACCCGACCUAUUGUGCUGCAACAGCGCAUCUGGCAUUUGUACCGAGGCAUCUCUGAGAACCUCAGCAAGUGGAAGUGCAUGGCUUUUGGCAAGUUUAGCCUGUCUAUGGCCCAGGAGAAGAUAGAUGGCUGGUUAACAGAGGCAGCACGGAUGAGCACAGCCCUGGGGCUCCACAGCCCAGUGCUGCAACGCUGCAUGCGCAUGCUGGAAGACUUUCGCACUUACCUGCCCUUGCUCACCAAGCUGAGAAACCUCCAGAUGCAGAACCUUAAUUGCCAAUCCCUCUUAAGGGCAUUAGGGCUCGACAGUCUCCAAAGUAUGGAACUCCUAACACUGGGCCAACUGCUCACUUGUCCACUCCUGGAGUUUGCAGACCGAAUCAACCAGGUCUGGCAACGUGAUAAGGAGCAAAUUCAUGCCCAAGAGUGCCUACAGCAGCUGCAACGGCAUUGGGAGGUGCGCCAGCUACGCCUGUUCAACUUCAUCCUGCACGUACCCUAUGAACCUCCAACCUCGGAGCGCUCCAAGAAGCAGGUGCUCCGCAGCCCUCAGUGGGAGGUAGUUGGCAAGGACAGUGGCACCUUCAUCCUCUCAGACUACAGCAGCCUACAAAAUUCCAUCCAGGACAGUCUUCAGGCAUUGUUCAAGAUCCUGGCCAUCCAAAAGUCAGGAGACCUUCACAAAAUAGCUUUGGAGUGGGUGACCAUCAUGCAUGGCUUGGGUGCCCUGCUGGAGGUGUGGGUGAUUUUCCAGCAGAAGUGGAUUUUUCUGAAUAAAGUUCUUUAUGAGAUGAAGAUUCAGUUUCCUAGUGCUGACCUGAAUGCUCGUUUCAAGGCCAUGGAUGAUCAGUAUCGAACCCUGAUGCGCAUCUCUUUAGCCGACCCCUUGGUUCUGUCACUUAUAGUGCCCAAUGCCAAGAGGAGCCCUUACUUACAAGGCCAGCAGCUACAACAACUGCUGCAAGCAGGAUCAAUGGAGCUGGAAGGAAUCAUCAUAGCUCUGGAGGAUGUGCUGUAUGGGGUACGUGCCCACUUCCCCCGCCUCUUCUUCCUCAGUAACAGUGAGCUGGUAGCCCUGCUUGCUGCUCCUCUAGAGCCAUGUGAAGCCCAGCUAUGGCUACACCGCUGCUUUCCUCAUGUACGUUCUGUGAGCUUCAAAUCCAGCCCAUCUGAUGAGAAAAACAUGCCUGACUGGGAGUCAAGCUCAAGUAGACAGUCUCAUGUGGAAGCACUUGCUGUGCUAGGGGCAGGUGGAGAGGAGGUGAGGCUACAGGAGCCCCUUCUUCUGUAUCCAGAUCUCCCCAAGUGGCUGGCCUCUCUGGAGAAGUGUCUGCGCUUGACACUGGUGCACCUGCUACAGGAUUGUGUGGCUUCCCGCCUUGCUCUGGGCCCAUUUCUGUGUGAGGCCUUUCAGAAUCUGCCUCAGCAAAGCCAGUUGCCCCUGCAAAAUGUCCUGAAGUGGCUAGAUUUAAUCCAUGCCUUUCCAUGGCAAUGUGUACUGGUAGCAGAGGAGGUGGUGUGGUGGGCUGAAAUGGAGGAGGCUCUGCUUAAGUCGGGGGCCUUGGCCAUGACCCAUACACAUGUACACAAAGUAGAGGUACUGGUUCAAUUAAUGAGAACCCAGAGGAGCAUCCAAGGUAAGCAGCCCCUGCCCUCUGUCCGCCAGGCCAGCCUGCUCAGUGCCCUGCUGGUCAUGGCAGUGACUCAGCGGGAUAUAGCACAGUUGCUGGAGAAGCACCAGGUCAGUGAUGUGACAGAUUUCCAUUGGGCCCGGCAACUCAAGUAUCACUUGGGUUCACCUCACUUGAUCCCCAACAGCCCCCUGCAGAGUCUUAAGACUAUUACAUCUACUGAGCCCUCUCUGUCACCAGUUGCAUGCUGGAUAGAUGUGCUGGGCCGGUCUGUCCUAUAUAAUUAUGAGUAUCUGGGUCCCAGACUGGGGUCUCUACCUGGUCUGUUGCCUGAGCGCCCAGUGUUGGCUCUGUUAUUGGCCUUGGAGGAGGUAGCCUGUGGGACCCUAGUGGGCCCUGAUGGUGUGGGCAAGACAGAAAUGGUGAAUAGCCUGGCACGGGCCCUGGGCCGCCAGAUGGUGAUGAUACCCUGCUUGUCUCAGAUAGAGGCCCAAUGCCUGAGUAGCUACCUGAACGGUGCCCUUCAGAGUGGUGCUUGGCUACUGUUGGAGGCAGUUCACCGCCUGCCUCCUGGCUUGCUCUCUGCCCUGGGCCAGCGCCUAGCUGAACUGCACCUCCUUUAUGCCCCACUGUGCCAGGAGGCCUUCCGAAGGAUCAGCACCAUAGACCCCACUGAGCCCCAGCUCCUUGGCAGUGGCUUCUUUGAGAAGCAUCAUGUGUGCAUGCGCCUUGGCUAUGGCUGUCUCCUGACAAUGCGUGCAUUGAGCCCCACUGUGCCUGCCAAUCUGCACCUGCUACUAAGGCCUGUGGCGUUGGCACUGCCUGACUUAAAGCGAGUAGCAGAACUGACUUUGCUGGGUGCAGGGGUGCAGGAAGCCUCCCACAUGGCUACUUGUCUAUCCAAAUUCUUUUCCCUAGAGCUUGAGCCAUCUGGGCCCCUGCCCUGCCGAUUGCCACUGCUCAAGCAAAUACUGGAAGAUACAAUACAGACACUAAAUGUGACCACAGAGGAAUUCCAGUCCCAGCAGUCCCAUAACUUUGCUGCCAUGGAGGAGGCUGCUCUACUGCGUGCUCUGCUGCAUUCACCACUGUUCAACACCCUUGAUGGGCUCCGCCUCCAAAACCUCCAAGAGCUGCUCUGUGAGAUUUUCCCUAGUGCUAGGCAGCUGCUGGCGGAACCUAUGAUCCACAAGCUGGUGAAGAUGAUAGUGGUGGAAGAAAUGCAGCAGAUAGGCCUGCUUCCCAGUCCUGACAUGUUGAGGUCCUUGGAACAGCUCAGUCAGGCCCUGAGCCGAUCCUCUGGCAUUUUACUCCUGGGCCCUGCAGGCAGCGGCAAGACUACUUGUUGGCACAGCUUAUUUAAGAUUCAGAAUCGGCUGGCAGCCAUGGAAAACACCUCAACCUAUGGCUGCCAACCUGUGGAGAUUACUCACCUAUACCCCAGUGUGCUCAACUCGCAAGAGUUCCUAGGAUGGCUAGAGGGUCCCUGUUGGCACCAUGGCAUCUUUCCCAGGCUACUUCGUGCAACUCCUCAGUGUAACAGCAUGGGCCCAAAAGAGCAGACAAAACAAUCAAUGGGGAUCCAGCACUGGAUAGUAUGUGAUGGGGCCUCUAGUGCUGCGUGGCUGGACUCCAUCACUUGCCUCCUGAGUAACCCCCCACAGCUUAGCCUUCCUAAUGGUCAACAGAUAGCACGGCCCCCGGAUACCUUUUUCUUAAUGGAGUUGGCAGAUGCAACAGGCAUGUCCCCCACAGUGGUGGGCCAGUGUACGCUAGUCUGGCGUGGUGGGGAGCAGACUUGGCAGAGUAUGCUUAGCAUCUUGAUGGCAUCCCUGCCCCAUGAUUACCGCCUGCAGCUCCAGACAGUCACUGAGCUCAACCGCCUGGCUGAAGUUCUGGUGCCUGCGACAUUCCGAUUUUUUACCCACAAGGAUUUCAGUUCUCUGCUGCAGGUACAUGGGCAGAGGGCUGUUUGCCCAGGUGUGGCUGAAGUCACCAGCUUGGCACGUAUCCUGCGUAGCCUGCUUGACCCGCAUCUGCGCCUGUAUGAGGAGGAGAAGGUACCUGACCCAGAAGACCUCAAUGAACCUGUGGCCCAAAGCUUCAAGUCUUCAAAAAGCAGCUCUCUAAACUGGUCCCAGGUUGACAGUGACGAUGCGCCAAAUAAACAUAGGGAGCAUUUGCUAGCUAUCAGCAGCUUUCUUUUUGCCCUAAUCUGGGGUUUUGGAGCCCACCUUCCCUCCAGGCUCUGGCCCCUCUUUGACACCUUCAUGAGGAGUUCUAUUAGUUGCCUCUCCAACUACCCUGAGCCACCACCCUCAGCCUUGGUAUUUGAUCUACACGUAAAUCCUGAAGAUGGGACACUGGUCCCCUUCACUGGCCAAUACCUGAGCAGCCGUAUCAAGGAAACUCUGGGAAAUUUCUACCCUUCUACCCAGACUGAACGGCUCUUGUAUGUGGUGGACCUGCUUCUGUCAAGGGGACAGCCAGUGCUGCUAGCUGGAGAGGCAGCUACAGGGAAGUCAACCUUCGUGGAGGUGCUAGUGGAGCCAAAUCACCCUUAUAUAUACAUCCCUAUCCACCCUGCCUUCAGUUCUACCCACCUUCGCCUCCUCUUAAGCAGAGCGGUCCAAGGCCAAGCACAAGCCAAACCAUGGCCUGGAAAUAACCAGGAUUCCAAAGACUCCUUCCUUUUUGUGCUGGAAGAUCUGCACCUGGCUACUUCUGACCCACAGAAGAGCUGCCAGCCAGUGUUGGAAACUCUGCGCCAGGCCAUGGAUGGAACUGUGUAUGCCCACAUCACCUUGGAACUGCAGACACUACAGCCUGCAGUCAACUUCCUUGCCACUGCUACAGUGCCAGGGUUCUGUGAGCGCCCGCUCUGCCCACGUCUCUUUCGACUUUUCACUGUGCUGGCCCUAGACAGCAUGACCCAGGCCACUAUGUUGAGCAGGCAUGCACCUAGCAUCCAAGCCUGGCUUGAGCACUUCCCCUCUGUGGAGCGGGAGAGCAUUUUGGCAAAAGCACUGGUCUGGGCCUCAAUGGAGGCCUGGGAGGCUGUGUGCAACUGCUUCAUGCCUUCACCCCUCCACCCACACUACCGCUUCUCCCUGCACUCUGUGAGCCACCUUCUGGGGAGCCUACAGCUACUGCCUAGCAAAAUGGGCUCUCGAGGCUUUGUAGACUGUUGUGACCAUGAGGAGCACCUACGCCGGGUGUCAGGCUUGCGCGGCACUCGCCUGGCUGUCAUGAUGGUCAUGCGCAGCAUGGUACGCCUUUGGAUGCACGAGGCACAGAGAACCUUUUGUGACCGGCUGGACAGCCCUAGGGAACGCUCCUACUGUGCUAAACUGCUCUUAGAAGUAGCUCAGGGUAUCUUCUGCUGUGGGUCAUGGACCCAGCACUCAAACAAGGACCGUGAGGAAGAGGAGGAAGAGGAGGAGGAGGAGGAAGAGGAGGAGGAGGAAGAGGAAAAGGAGGAGAGGGUUCCUGAAGUAGAAUCUGAAGGGGAAUUGGCCCAGUGGGAGGACUUAAGCAACAGCAACAGUGAAGCAGAGCAGGAAGAGGACCCUUACGGCUUUCAGCCCACCGCAGUCUCACACUGCAGUGAACCAACUGUAGCACUAUCCAUAAGGUCAAUAAACAGGGAAACCACAGAAAGAAAAGGCCACAAAAUAAAGCAGGAAGAAGAAACAAGGGCUCCUAGCAGUAAGAAGUCAAAGAAAUCCAAGAUUUGUUGGAAAAAGGCACUCCAGGCAGACUUGAUUUCGCCCUUGUUGCUACCUGUGCUACUACUCCGUCCCCGGGAAGAGCCCUCAGAUAUAGUCUUUAGUCAGGAACUGAUACUAGGAUCUGACUCUGAGAACCCAAACUUGUACCUAGAACGGGAGUGGAAAAACCUAGAAGAGCAGCUGGCCACUUCAGCUGCUCAGCUGAGGUUGAGUCCCCACCUUGCCCGGUGCCACUCCAUGGUCCAGCAUGUGGCCCGCCUGGUCCGGGUGAUGGCCAGACCCCGGCAGCAUGGCCUACUGCUUGCAGGUGCUCUGGGUACUGGGCGCCGUACUGCCAUCACUCUGGCCACUAGCAUUUGUCAGGCCCAUCUCUUCCAUCUGCCAUCUGGGUCAGAGGAGGCCAUUUUCCAGUGUCUACGAGAUGCCAGCUGGCACGCAGGCAUGUUAAGCCAGCCAGUGGCCCUACUAGUGCCCAAGAGUGUGGAUCUCAUUACCCUUCAUCGCUUGGUGGCUCUGGCAACCUCAGGCAGUUUCCCUGACCAGUACACAGAGGCAGAUCUGGAUAAUAUCGAAGAACAUCUCCCCAGGGAGAACCUUAGUAUCAAGCAUAACAUUAAGAAGGAAACGAUUUUGCAAAGGUUCUACCAACAAGUGUGUAGCAAUCUGCACAUGUUUUUCCUGAUUGGAGAUGACCAGACCCAGAAGCAGCUGCCCUCUACCCUUUUUCUGAGGCUGCUUCAACUGGCCACUGCCAGCAUUGACCGCUAUGAACCCUGGGAUCAAACUUCCCUGGUCAUGGUUGCCCAGUACCACCUGAAGGAUGCUCAUAGUCCACCCCUUGAUGACGGCCCCUUGAAAUGCCCAGACCUCCAGGCCUCAAUUCCCAGUGUGGCCAAAGCCAUGGCUCUCAUCCACCUUUCGGCUACCUACUACUACGAGCACCUGUGCCCUGGAUUGCCACUUGUCACCCCCAAGACCUUCCUAGACUUCUUGGACACCUUCAUACUACAGCAGCAACAUAUGAUCCUGCAGAUAAAGAAUAGUGGCCAGCGGAUUCACAAUGCCCUGGAGAAUCUGAGAAUGCUGAUUGAGCAGCACAGUGUUCAAAGUAACCUGGUCUUCAACUUGGAAGAGGAGCUAAAAGGCUCCCACAAGAUUGUCAGCAUGUUUCAGCAGGAGCUAGAGCAAAGCAAGCUCCAGCACAAGCAGCAGUUGUCAGAGUGUUGGCAUCAGGAAAGCCUCAUUGAGAACCUGACCAAGCAACGGGAUGCCCUGCAGGCUCAGCGUGAUGCUUUCCAGAAGCAGAUGGGCAAGGCAUUUCUGGGUCCUCUGAGCAAGCUGCAGGUGACUGACUUUGAAGAGAUACGGAGCUAUCGAGCACCACCAGAAUCUGUAGUCCAGGUGACAGAUGCAUUAUGUGACCUGUUCCACCGGGAAACGGGCUGGGCCAGUGCCAAGCAACUCUUAAGCACUGAAGAUUUUUAUCAGGAGCUGGUAUUCUUCCCCAAGGAGAAGCUGACAGACUCAGAGCUGAUAAAGUUAAACCAAGCUCUGAAGGCUCCAGGUAUGAGUGAUGCAGCCCUACGAGCAGUAAGCAUACCUGCAGCAAGCUUGGCAGGCUGGCUCUGGGCGGUUCUGCACUAUGGGUUGGCACAGCGCCGGGGACUGCCUACGGGCCUGCUGCUGAGGCAGGUGGAAGCAACACUGACUCGGGAGCAGUCCCGCCUAGGCCAGUACCAGUUUCAGGCUCAAGAGAUGUUUGAGCAUACUUUGGCCCUGACUAAGAAGCUGGAGGAUGCCCAAGCUUCUCACAGGCAUUUGAUGGAGACACUCUGUCAGGCACAGUAUGGACAAUAUCACGAAUGGCCCGUAAAGUCUGCACUGCUCACCCCCAUGCACACCUGGACUACAAAGCUCCAGAAGUUGAGGGGGCAGUGCAUAACUAUGUUUGGAGAUGCUCUGCUGUGUUCAGCUGCUAUCAUCUACCUGGGUCCCUUCCCACGACUGCGGCGCCAGGAGCUGAUGGACAAGUGGCUGGCUCUGUGUAGGGGCUGUCAGGAGGCCCUGGGCCCAGAUGAUAUAGCACAGGCACUGAAACAAGAGUCUGUUGUCAUGCCACCAAAGAUGCCUCUGCUACCCACAAGCUGUCCCUUCAGGAUUCUGUCUUUGCUGAGCUGUGAAUCUGAACAGUACCAGUGGGACCGAGACCAGAAGCCCCAGGCAAAGACUGCCCGCUUUGUAGGCCUGCUGCUGCGAAGCUGCAGCCACUACUACAGUUGCCGUUGGCCUCUGUUGCUUGACCGCAGCAACCAGGCCCCUAUCUGGUUGAACCCACUGCCUCUGGAAGACAACAGAUUCUUGGCUCCAGUACGCAUUGAGGACAUAGGGAAGGGCCUCACAAGAAAUCAAAAUGGAGAUGAUAAAGAGUGGGAGGAUAUGGAAGAAGAUGAUGAUAGUGAAGAGGAAAGCAAGGAUAAGGACCAGACAAAAGAGCAGAAGGCAGAUAAAAGGGAAAAUGAGAAGGAAAAAAAGCAAGAGGAGAAAAAGGAAGAAGAGAAAGAGGUGAAGGAGAAUGAGACAGAGAGUCAGGGGUCAAAUGUGGCCUCUGGGACUCGGUCUCUACCUCCUCUCUGCCUUAGUGUGCUCUCUGGUGCUGAUCCAGAAUUGGGUCCUCAGCUCCAGGAGGCAGCUGCCAGUGGCCUGCCUGUGCUCCUGACCAACAUGGAGCUGGGCCUAGGGUGCCAAGAACUGCAAUGGCUGCUGCAGCGGGAGCAGCUGAGUCCACCCCAGGUGCAGUCUGGCUUCUGUCUCUAUCUGAGCACUACCCUCCCACUCAGUGCCUUGGAAAAAGUGCUAGGUUACGAACUGCUAAAGGGGCUGAAUGUGCUGGAUCUGGGCCUGAACGUGGAAAUACUAGAAGAGCAGAUGCUGCAUGAAAUCUUGUGCAGAGAGCGUCCUGAGCUUGAGACUCGCUGGAAGGACCUACAGACCAGAGUCCUGGAUAAUUCUGAAGCUGUGAUGGCUGCUGAGGAGCGGUUGCUGACGACACUGCUGCUCCAGAACCCAAAGCAUCAGAAACCAGCCAAGUUUCUGCGGGACUUGGUGAGGGCUCAGGCAAGGAUAUGUCAGCAACAUGCCCUUUGUGAGGAGAUAGAAGAUCAGAAGCUGCGUGAGAUAGCACUGUGGGCACCCUACCAGGAUGUAGUCUGGCAUGGAAUGGCCAUAAUAGAAGCCCUAAGCACAUUACAGAACCUGCUGCCAUUUUUCUAUAUGAGCCCAGAGAACUGGUUGGCAGCCACCAAGCGGACUCUAGACAGCAUAAAGCCACAUGACAGUCAGCAUGGAGAAGACUUUGCCAGCCAUCUGUUACAGCUGAAAAUACACCUGACUCGCCACUUGCUGGACAGCACCAUGGCUGCCUUAUGCCCAACCCAAGUAUCCUUGGUGGGUGCCUUGGGUGCUUUGGCUCUGCUGCAAGUAACAAACAGGGCACCAAAGCUAGAGAGAUUGGCGCUCUGGCCUGGACUGGAAGCCUCUCCCAGUACAAGACACAGUAAGUCAGUACCAGGUGUGGUUCGCCCCGCCUGGCUAGGGCUGAGAACGUGGCAAGCAUGUGGAAUAUUAGAGCUACUGCCCCCAUUUGUUGGACUUUGUGCAUCCCUGGCAGGCCACUCCAAAAUUUGGCAAGAUUACCUGUCACUAUCAUCCACAGUGCUGGGUCCUGCACCUGGGCCGGGACCUGAGCCACUCAGCCUCCUUCAGAAGCUGAUCCUGUGGCGGGUGCUAAGACCUGAUUGUCUGGCAGGUGCCUUGGCAGACUUUACCACCAGCCUCCUGGGCCGGCCCCUGGAUGAAAACCUAAGUACCCCCAUCUUGCCCUUUGAACAAAGUCAAGCUACUCAACCCAUACUAAUCUUGCUGCCACCACCUGGUCAACCCACAGCCACCCUGCAUCCUAUGACUGUCAUCCAGAAACUGGCUGCCCACCAUGAGCAGGGGCAGAAGCAUGUGCAGGUGAUAGCCCUGGGCUCUGAAGCCUGGGAUCCGGUUUCAACUGUGGUCAGCACUGUAUGCCAGGCUAUGCUCAAGGGGCACUGGUUGGUUCUAGAUAACUGUCAUCUGAUGCCCCAGUGGCCAAGAGAGCUGCUACAGCCCUUGCUGAAGCUGCUGGAUGGAGCCAAGGUGGUCUCAGAUCCGGAAUUGGAACUGCUUUUACCUCAACCUGAAAGCAGAAAUGUGACCAUUGUCCACAGAGAUUUUCGUCUUUGGCUUAUUGUGUCUAUAGAGGCUAUAGCUUCCUUGCCAGCUGUGCUGACUCACCACUCCAUGCCUGUUUCCUGGGACCAGUCCCUGGAGCUGGGCCACAUCUUGAUCAACAGUGUGGAGUUAGGCCAGCAAGAAUUCAACAAGCAGCCCCCUACCCAGACACUGCCUCUGCUUCUCCUACAUGGCCUUCUGAUACACCGGCAGCUCUAUGGAAUGAAACUCCAGGCACACAGGGGACACUGGAGUCAAAUGACCUUGACCCAAGUCCUUCAGACACAAGAUCAGCUGUGGACCAGUCUCAACAAUCCUAGGGCUGCCAUGCAGGAACUGGUUGCUUCAGUUUUCUAUGGGGGUCCCGUGGGGGACGCAGAGGACAGAGAGGCACUGAUUAGCCUCACGCAAGUCUGCCUGAGCCCCAGCAGCAGCUCCAGCUGGGUCCAACAACACACACCUCAGUAUCUGCUGGCCACUCUGAUGCCUAGUCCAGAGUUCAGGGAGCCCGAUGCUGUGGCAGAGUUCAAGGCCCGGAUGCACCUACUGCCCACAUUAUCUGAUCCCCGGAUCUGCGGAACAAGCGAGGGUCCCAAGGCCUGGCUGUUGCGACGCCAAAGUCGUGCUCUUCUGAGUUCGCUGCUGCGGAGUUCACCCACGUGGGUUCCUGCAGCUUGUGGAGGCUCCCGACGUGCAGAAAGGAGGCUGCGGCAACGCCUAGUGCAAGCCAGGCGGAGGCUGGAGUCACUGCAGGCUCUGCUGACACCCUAUGCUCGCAAAGAUCGUUCUGAUGCCGGCUUCCUGGGGCCAAAAGCGCAGCGUCCUCUGCAGGGCUUCUUAGAGACGGAGGUGCUGGAACUGAAUCAGCUGGUGAGAACGCUACAGUGUGAUCUUGACUGCCUGUUGCAGCAACUUAUGGGUGAACUCCCGUGCGCCAACCCCCGCUGUGUCGCGGUGUCCCAUGCUCUCUGGACAGGCCGCUUACCCUCACCUUGGCGACCCUAUGUGCCCGCUGGUGCGCAGCCACCCUGGCAGUGGCUGCGACAGCUGUCACGCCGUGGGCAGCUGUUGGUCCGCUACCUGAGUGUGGACGAAGGAACCCAAGUACCAGAGCGUAUCUUUCACCUGUCAGCCUUUCGCCACCCCCGCCGCCUGCUGUUGGCACUGCGUUGGGAGGCUGUCCUGGCCAGCUCAAAUGUUCCUGGUAGCCAAGGCUCAAGCUCCAAUCAUCCCCCACAUAAAAUUCAGGAGCUGACUAACAACCCUCUGCAUCUCCGGGUGGAGAAUGAUCCCAAACCUGCAGUUCCGGAAAUGGGACUGCUGCUGAUCGGUCUACAGCUCCUACAUGCCAAGUGGGAUCCGACAGAAGGGGUCUUGCAGGACAGCCAUUCCAACCAGCCCAGCCCUCUGCCUCCUGUCAGUGUCAGAGCAGGGGCCCCAGGAGCCAAUGACCUGCCAGCCAAAGACAUCUUGGGUGUGUACUCCUGUCCUGUGUACAUGGCAGGGCCCUUUGGCACCACUAAGCUGCACAGCAGGAACGUCCUAAUGCACCUGCCCCUACCCACGAAGCUCAGCCCUGCCACUUGCAUCCAGCGGAGAGUCCAUGUGUGCAGCCCACCAGUGCCCUGA